ACUUCUGAAGUCAUGUCCGUCUGCGCCCUCUCAUUUCUGUUUUCAGAACUCAAAUCCCUCGAGCUGUUGUUACAUGGGCGUGAGUGCGGCCUCUAUACUUCACAGCCUUCUUCACAGCCGAACCCACGGGGCCCAUACUCAACCCACCAGCGCCAAAGUGUUGACCAACGCCAUCCUCGUUCACCUCAGAGGGGGCCGUCUCCACAAAGCUGUUUCCGUUCUCUUUGCUGCCCCAGUAUCCUUCCCUUAUUCCCUUUACGCACGUCUCUUCCGAAUAUGUUGUGCCAAUUUUGCCAUUGUUGAGGUGCGGAAGGUUGAGUCCCAUUUGGUCACCUUCUCACCUACACCGCCGGUUUUUCUUUUGAACCGGGCAAUUGAGUCUUAUGGAAAAUGUGGGUGUUUGGUUGAUGCGAGGGAGCUGUUUGAGGAAAUGCCUCAAAGAGAUGGGGGGUCUUGGAAUGCUAUGAUUACGGCCUACGCACAAGGAGGGAGCCCUGGGAAGGCCUUGUCAUUGUUUUCAGAAAUGAAUGGUUUGGGAGUUCAUGCGAGUGAGGUCACGUUCGCCAGUGUUCUUGCGUCCUGUGCUGCAGUCGUGGCUCUUCGUCUUUCUAGACAAAUUCACGGGCUUAUUGUGAAAUAUGGGUUUUGUGGGAAUGUAAUCUUGGAGAGUUCACUUGUUGAUGUAUACGGUAAAUGUAAGGUUAUCAAUGAUGCCCGCAGAAUGUUUGAUGAGAUCGAAAAUCCAACUGCUGUUUCUUGGAAUGUGAUUGUGAGGCGGUAUCUCGAAGUGGAUGAUGGAAAAGAGGCAGUGCUUAUGUUUUUUCAGAUGUUCCCAAAAGCUGUUAGGCCCUUGAAUUUUACAUUCUCUAAUGCACUUAUUGCUUGUUCAAGAAUUUCUGCGCUGGAGGAGGGGAUGCAAAUUCAUGGAGUUGCGAUUAAAGUUGGUUUUGGGGAUGAUGACGUUGUUUCAAGCUCUGUCAUCGAUAUGUAUGUCAAGUGUGGGAAAUUAGAGAGUGCUCGCAGGGUAUUUGAACAGCCAGGUUCAAAGAAUUUGAUUUCUUGGACUUCAAUUGUGUCAGGGUAUGCAAUGAGUAGAAAAACUGGGGAGGCAAGAGAGCUGUUCGAUCAGAUGCCAGAACGCAAUGUAAUCUCGUGGAAUGCAAUGUUGGCAGGGUACACUUGUUCCCUCCAAUGGGAAAAGGCCUUGGACUUUGUAUAUUUGAUGCGCAAUUCAACUAAAGACAUUGACCAUGUUACGAUUGGAUUGAUACUAAACGUGUGUGCUGGCCUUUCAGAUGUUGAAGUGGGAAAACAGGUCCAUGGUUUUAUCUACCGAAAUGGUUUCUUUUCUAAUCUCUUUGUUGGCAAUGCCCUUCUUGACAUGUAUGGUAAAUGUGGGAACUUAAGAAGUGCCAGAGUUUGGUUUUACCAAAUAAGUCGAUGGAGGGAUAUUAUUUCAUGGAAUGCUUUGUUGACUAGCUAUGCUUGUCAUGGCAUGAGCGAACAAGCUAUAACGAUUUUCUCAGAGAUGCAGUGGGAGACUAGACCAAGUAAAUUUACAUUUGGAACCCUUUUAGCAGCAUGUGCGAAUACUUUUGCUCUUAAUCAUGGCAAACAAAUUCAUGGAUUUAUGAUUAGAAAUGGUUAUGAAAUUGAUAUUGUGAUCAAAGGAGCCUUGGUAGACAUGUACUCAAAAUGUCGUUGUCUUGAGUAUGCUCUCACAGUUUUUAAAGAGGCUGGUUCACGGGAUGUGAUUCUCUGGAACUCCAUAAUUUUUGGAUGUUCUCACAACCGAAGAGGUAGGGAGGUACUCCAAUUGUUUGGGUUAAUGGAGGAGGAAGGUAUAAAGCCAGAUCAAGUCACCUUUCAAGGAAUUUUGCUUGCUUGUAUAUGUGAUGGCCUAGUUGAGUUGGGAACACAGUUUUUUAAUUCAAUGAGCAAUGAAUAUUGUGUCAUGCCUCGGUUAGAGCACUAUGAGUGCAUGAUUGAACUCUAUAGUCGGUAUGGGCACGUGAUUGAGCUUGAGAAUUUUGUUAAAAACAUGGCAUUUGAACCCACUGCUACCAUGCUGAUGAGUGUCUUCGAUACUUGUAGAAAACAUGGGCACAUAAGGCUUGGAGAAUGGGCUGCCGAACGACUUAAUCAAUUGAAUCCUUCGUCUCCAGUAGAAUUACAAAUUGUCAACGGAGGGAGGUAGUAUUCACUGGACUUGCAACUUGAAAGCAGCUACAUUCUUGCAUUUCAGGUUCUGCUUCCGAAAUUGCAACUCGCAGAUAUUGCAUCCAAAUUUUCUUCUAAGGAUACUGUAGUUCAUCUGUAGGUAGAUUUGGUCAUCUUUAUCUCCUUGGAACGUAACAUUGGAUUUAUUUGAACAAGUCACAUCAUAAUUUCUACAAGCAACCUCGCAGAUGUAUAUUGUCGUACGGAUGUUAAAUAUCCCACUGCUUUUUGCACAGAAUGCAAUGGCAGGCUGAACCGGGUUAACGCAUGGAGAGAUGUUUGGAUACCAAAAAGAACACAUAAGGUUCCUGAAGAUGGCGUUCCUUUGCCCUCAUGCCCACACCUUGGGAUUCAGAGGAAAGAACAUACAGUUAUUGGUUGGUUUUAUAACCAAAGGAAAGGCAUACAUUUUAUGGUGAUAAAGCUGAAGCACCUAAGAUGCUAGCAGUGGCUCUCAUGUGGUAAUCGACUUCAUUGCCAACGGUCUCAAUUCUGUGUCUGCUCUCUCAUCUCAAGUAGAAGUUACUUUCUUGUGAAAGUGAAUGAUGCAGGAGAAAUUACAAGAUGAAACAUCAAUUUUGGGCCAAGUUUGGUGGGGGCAGAUGGACAUGGCUUAGAAAAAGUUCUGCCCGGGUUCCCCCUUUGCCUCCCUGUUUGCCCAUAUUUUUACUGCACCACACCCCUUAUUGUUUAUUUUUCAUUUUUAACUCAUUCUUAGGCUUUCUGAGAAUGAGGAUUGAAGAUGUAUUUCAACAUUUAUUGUAUUCCUUCUCAAUAAGGAACAAAGAGUCAAAACAAGCCGGGAAUUUAUGGAUCA